AUGGCAGACCUUUUGGACUCGCUUACCGCAGAGGAAAAGCGAUUGUAUGAAAACAAGCAGAGAACAAAGUACCACAAGCGGUGGGGGUCGUACUUGAGCGAAAGACAAUGGGCCACCGUCAGAGAAGACUACUCGGCUUCAGGCUCGGCCUGGGACGAUUUUUCGUUUGACCACUCGAGAUCGCGUACCUACAGAUGGGGUGAAGACGGAUUGGCCGGCUGCUGUGACACCCACCAGCUCGUGUGUAUGUCAAUGGCGCUUUGGAACGAGAAGGACGAGAUUUUGAAGGAGAAAUUGUUUGGCGUCACCAACUCCCAGGGCAACCACGGCGAGGACGUCAAGGAGCUCUACUACUAUCUAGAUAACACCCCGACGCACUCGUACAUGAAGUACUUGUACAAGUACCCACACGCCCGUUUCCCAUACGAGAAGUUGGUGGAGGAGAAUGGGAAAAGAUCAAGAGAAGAGCCUGAGUACGAAAUCACCGACACGGGCAUUUUCGAGGACGGCCGCUACUUCGAUGUGGUGCACGAGGUUGCCAAACUGGACGACGACCCGGAAGAGUUGUUGUUCCGUAUCACUGCCUACAACAGAGGCCCCGAGCCAGCGUCUUUGCACAUUUUGCCCCACAUUGUCUUCAGAAACACCUGGGCCUGGGGAACCGAAGAGGCUGCAAAAGGGAAACCGCACAUGCGGGCGCUUGACGACUACACGGUGGAGGUGGACCACCCCAAAUUUGGCAAGCGCCAUUUGGUGUACGCUCCAGCUCCUGGUGUCGCAGACAACGCGCCCGAUGUGGAGCCCCGCUUGAUUUUCACCGACAACGAGACAAACGCCGAGCGUUUGUACGGGCAAAAGAAUUCCACGCCGUAUGUGAAGGAUGCAUUCCACGACUAUGUGGUGGACGGGAAACAGGACGCUGUCAACCCGAAGAGAGAAGGCACGAAAGCUGCUGCACAAUUCAUCUUUGAGGAUGUUCCGCCAGGCGACUACGUCACGAUCCGGUGCAAGUUCUCUCGCUCAGGUGGCGAGAUUGACGAGUUCCGCUUUGACGAAGUGAUUGGAAGACGCCAGGACGAAGCAGAUGCCUUUUACUGGAAGGUCACACCGUUACCACUCACGGACGAGUUGCGCCAGGUGCAGCGCCAGGCCUUCUCCGGUUUGCUUUGGACAAAACAGUUUUACCACUUUGUGCAUAACUACUGGCUGAGCGGCGAUCCCAACACUCCACCUCCGCCCGAGAACAGAGCCAACGGCCGUAACAAGGACUGGAAACACUUGUACAUUGAUGACGUUUUGUCCCUCCCCGACAAGUGGGAGUAUCCAUUUUUUGCGGCUUGGGACACGGCGUUCCACUGUAUUCCUUUGGCGAUGAUUGACCCGGAGUUUGCAAAGAACCAGUUGGUGCUUUUGACACGUGAAUGGUACAUGCACCCGAAUGGGCAGCUUCCAGCGUACGAGUGGAACUUUAGUGAUGUCAAUCCGCCAGUCCAUGCGUGGUCGUGCUACCGUGUGUUCAAGAUUGAACGGAAAAUGUACGGAACAGAAGACUUGGAUUUUUUGGAGGGCUGUUUCCAGAAGUUGUUGCUCAACUUCACGUGGUGGGUCAACCGGAAGGAUUCUGAGGGCAACAACUUGUUUGAAGGAGGCUUUUUGGGUCUAGACAACAUUGGUGUGUUCAACCGUUCGGAACCUUUACCUACAGGUGGAACAUUGCAGCAGUCGGACUCCACAGGCUGGAUGGCCUUUUACUGUUUGCAAAUGUUGAACAUAGCUUUGGAGUUGGCGAAAACCCGCCCUGUUUACGAGAACAUUGCGUCGAAAUUCUUUGAGCACUUUAUUCUUAUUGCUGAUGCCAUGUCGUACCGUGGUGCCAAGAAAGGAGAGUUGCAGCCCACAGAACAAUCUUUGUGGAAUGACGAGGACAAGUUCUACUAUGACGCUAUCCACUUUGGCGAUCAUACUCAAUCGCUUCCUGUUCGGUCCUUGGUCGGUUUGAUUCCUUUGUAUGCUUCGUUAACAUUGGAACCUGAAUUAUUAAACAAGUUCCCAUCUUUCAAGAAACGUUUGGACUGGUUUAUAGAAAACCGCCGGUCUAUUGCAGAGCGGAACAUUGCGUCCAUGUCCCAUAGAGGUGUGGGCGAACGUUUAUUGUUGUCGUUGGUCAAUAAGGACCGGCUUGUGAGCAUCUUGGAGCGCAUGUUAGAUGAAGAUGAGUUUUUGUCAGACUACGGAAUUCGCUCUUUGUCCAAAUACCAUGAAAAGCAUCCGUUUGAGUUGGAUGUGGCGGGCCAGAAGUACGAGGUUAAGUACUUACCGGGAGAAUCUGAUCUGGGAAUGUUUGGAGGCAAUUCCAACUGGAGAGGCCCUAUUUGGUUCCCCGUCAACUUUCUCUUGGUUGAAUCCUUGCAGCGGUUCUAUUUGUACUAUGGACCUGAGUUGAAAGUGGAAUGUCCCAAGGGCUCAGGUGAGUACAUGAACUUGGCGCAAGUAGCGCAAGAGAUUCAACAUCGCUUGAUCCACUUGUUUAUACCAGAUCCUGAGGGAAACAGAGCGUGCAAUGGUGGAGUCGAAUUAGUAGACAAAGACCCCUACUUCAAGGAUUACGUGCCGUUCUACGAGUACUUUGACGGCGACACCGGUCGCGGUUUGGGCGCCUCCCACCAGUGCGGGUGGACUGCCGUUGUGGCCAAAUGGAUCCACGAUAAUGGUGUGACUUGCAGAGUUCCGAAAACACCAGGAACCCCUGGAAGAACUCCUGAACCACCUAGCACCUCAGAGGAGGAGAAGCCUCCAUUGCAGCGCAGAAGCUCGCUUCACCUGUUCGACCGGGCAACUCCAACGGCAGAUGAAGAUGAAGAAGAUCUUGUUAUGAAGUACGCUCCAAAGUCUGGGCCUUUCCCCGGCCGUUUGAUGCGUAGACGGAGUGGUAAGUCUUUGUUAAAUUUGACCAUCAACUCUUUGGACUUGGGCGAAGACUUGCAGGAUGAACAGAGUGUUCCAUCGCUCAGUGAGGGCAUGAAGAAUGUCACUGACAAGUUUGGGGACGAGUUGUCGCCAUCGCUUUCGCGCAGCUCUGCCGAAUCCAGACCGUACGACGACAAUCUUGUGGGACAGAUCAGAGCAGCGUUCCACAAGUACAAGUCACGCACAGACGAAGAAGAAGGCGAAGAGUUUGAAACGAGACACUAG